UUCACUCAUUUAAAAUCUAGGGUUUUGUUGCCUGACCCCUGAAUUCCCAAUCUCGAACCCUAUCUGAGAGGAAGCCAUGGCGAAGAACAGAAACAAAAAGAAGAAGGACGGCGCCGUUUCAAUGGACAUCACGGAGCCCACUGUCUCAGAUAUCCCUCAAGCAAUGGAUACUUCAGGGUCUGUAGCUCGAAAACCAGCUUCUGGGUUUCCUUAUAGAAACGUGAGAGGAAGACAAAUGAAGAGAUCAAAAAAUGUUCGAAAGAAGAAAGCCAUUGCAAAAGCUAUAUCAAAAAACGAGCAGUCUGUUGAGAAAGUUUUGAAGAAUGAGAAUAAAACAGCAAGAACUCAAUCAGCAAAACUUCUGUACGAGUAAACAUGGAAAAACUGGUCUUCACAACCAACCCUUUUUUAAUGGGCAUCUCUAUGUUAAUGUUAGUAGAUUCCUCAGCUACAUCGAAUGUAAUUCAAUCAUUUUUCCUGCUCUCUUAAAGAGCAUAUAGAAUCAGUUAAUUCUAGUAUGAUUGUUGGCUUGGUAA